ACCUCCUAGCCUAGUAGGCGUCAACUCCGGUCAUCUAGUAUAUCAAAUCAUAUCGUUGGGCCGAAGGGUGGCGCCUGCUGCGUUCGAUCUCACACAACCCAGCACGCACGUGUAGGUAUUUUGCGGAAACGAAGGAAAUAAAGAUGGCCAAUAAUGUUAGCUAAUCUUGUAUAUAUCUACCUUUUAAUCAAUUAUGUCUAGACACUUUGUUGAAAGAUCAUCUCAGCGCAACCAACAACUGCGCCUAAUCGGUGGGUUUAACCAUGUUGUAUCGUAUUCGAUCAUACUGUUUUGCACUGUGUGGGGUCCCGAACACCAUGGAUCGAGGUUUCAAUAAUAAGCAAUAAUAUGUUUAAAAGUAUGUUGAAACCUUGUUGGAUGGCUCAAUGUCGAUCAUUGUUUUGUAUUGAAAUCAUACCACGAAUAAUAUAUGUGUUCAUUUCAGGAUCAUUUGCUUACUCAAAUUAUUACACAUUACCCCACUCGAAGUGAUCAUUUGCUUCGAUGAUGUUGACCAAUAUCUUUUUCCCUCCUUCCGUGGAUUCGAUUUACACGUGCCACUAGAUCAUGCCAUCGAUCGGUCCAAAAAACUGGUGGGAUUUACAUGGGAGGUCUCACGGCACGUUCCUCACUAAAUCCAAAUUUUCGUAACGAUCAUUGCAGUGAUAGCCAUCGAAUGUGCUGCAAACCUCGAUCUCUGCGGAAGUUAUCCGUCUUCCGAUCGGUCGGAAUAGUUUGUUACUAGUGAAAACGAUCACCGUACCUAAAGCAAGUUCCAGUUCAGCGUGAGGUUUCGCGGAUGUGUUUUUGGCGACCACAGUGUCGACCACGUUCGACCAACUGAUCUCCAUACACAGUGUACGAUGCGUGAUCGACGAAAGCAAGGGACUGUUGGCUGGCUGAUUAUCUUCUGUGCGCUAUUGGCGUGGCUCGUGAUCAUGGUUGAUUGUAGAAAAUUACGUGCACCUGGUAGACGAAAACAAAAAGUGGUUCGUGAUAAAAUUCGUCAAAAACCUCAGUUAAGACAGUACCAUUCUGAAGAAUAUGAAGGUUUUAUUGAUCCUCUAGAAGACUAUGCCGCGUUUGAUGAGUACCACGACGAUGCCGAAGAACUUGUCAGCAGUCAAAAAUUACCUGAACAAACUGUUGGUGGCUAUUAUAAACCUUACAAACAGCCUCCCGUAAAAUACAUACAGCCAGUGUACAUUCAGCCUAAAAAGCCUCUUCCAAAACCUACGACCUCCGUUAUUCGUGAAGUUCAUCACAUACCUAUGACUGGUCAUAAGCAUGCCGGUGUGGGAUUAGCAUUCGCCUCCGGCAUAAAGUACAUCGUGCUUACAUUGCUAGCAUUGAAAGCCGCUAUCGUUGCACUUGCAUUCCUGUUGUUGCCACUAAAGCUAUUGAUUGGCCUCAAAUUGUUCUUCAUUGCCAACGUGUUCGUGUUUGGAGUCCUUGCUGCAAAGUUGAAAAGCGAUAAGUAUCAAUACUGGAGUACGGUUACUCCAGCACCAGUUGUCGUAACUCCAGCAUCAACAUCAUCUUUGUCAACGAACAGUCAGCUUUCGAUCAGCCAACCGGUAACGACGGUGAUACAUACUCCAACGCAACAAGAACAGCAGCAACAGGCACCAUGGAACUACUCGUAUAAUUGGCCGUGGCCCUUCUAUAACAGCCAAUGUCCUGCUUGUAAUUUGAAGCCUCCGAAUCCAGGGUUUAGUAAUAUCGGCUCAAAACACAAGAUCCCAAUAAUCAUACAUAUUCCCAACAAAGACACAACAGAUAAUGAUGAGGACGAUGACUAUAGUUUUGAUCUUUUCAAAACGCCACAAAAGCAGAAGCAUGUUGUAGUACCAAAAAUCUAUGAUUCUGAGCCCAAGUUGAGUCGAUCAGAGGCAUAGGCAUUAGUUGUAAGAUGUA